UUCCCUGCCCCAGCCUCUGACACAUGCCCACUGCCUGCUGCUGGGGAGCCCCCAGCCACAGGCACCACUCCAGCUGCUCCUGCCACUGCCUCCCCUAUGCCUGUCCGUGUGUGAGCAGGAGGACGGUGCACACGCACACCUCUCUCCCACCUCUGGCUGAGCCAGGACUGGGCCCCUGCCCUUCCAGAAGAGCAACGUUGCUGCUCCCUGCCCCCUGGACCUGGCAGCUCCCCGUUGCACAUGCGCUGCUGCUGCUGGGGGCGGCUGCGCUGGCCUGCCUCGCCCUAGACCUCCUCUUCCUGCUCUUCUACUCCUUCUGGCUCUGCUGCCGGCGGCGCAAGAGCGAUGAACACCUGGACGCUGACUGCUGCUGCACGGCCUGGUGCGUCAUCAUCGCCACGCUCGUGUGCAGCGCCGGCAUCGCUGUGGGGUUCUACGGCAAUGGGGAGACCAGUGAUGGCAUCCACCGGGCCACCUACUCAUUGCGCCAUGCCAACCGCACAGUGGUCGGGGUCCAGGACCGUGUGUGGGACACAGCAGCGGCCCUGAACCGCACAGCAGAGCCCAGCCUGCAGACCCUGGAACGGCAGCUCGCAGGGCGGCCGGAGCCUCUGCGGGCGGUGCAGCGGCUGCAGGGCCUGCUUGGGACACUGCUGGGCUACACAGCCACCAUCCCCUUCUGGAGAAACCCAGCCGUGUCACUGGAGGGGCUGGCCGAGCUGGUAGACCUCUACGACUGGUACAGGUGGCUGGGGUACCUGGGCCUACUUCUGCUGGAUGUCAUCAUUUGUCUCCUGGUGCUGGUGGGGCUUAUCCGAAGCUCCAAGGGUACCCUGGUUGGGGUCUGCCUGCUGGGGGUGCUGGCCCUCGUCAUCAGCUGGGCCGCCCUGGGCUUAGAGCUGGCCGUGUCUGUGGGUUCCAGUGACUUCUGCGUGGACCCCGACACCUUUGUGACCAAGAUGGUGGAGGAACAUUCGGUGCUCAGUGGGGACAUCCUGCAGUACUACCUGGCCUGCUCACCCCGUGCCGCCAACCCCUUCCAGCAGAAGCUGUCGGGCAGCCACAAGGCGCUGGUAGAGAUGCAGGACACGGUGGCUGAGCUCUUGAAGACGGUCCCGCGGGAGUCCCCGGCCACCAAGGACCCCCUGCUACGUGUCCAGGAGGUGCUGAAUGGCACAGAGGUGAACCUGCAGCACCUCACGGCCCUGGUGGACUGCCGCAGCCUGCACCUGGACUACGUGCAGGCCCUGACCGGCUUCUGCUACGACGGCGUCGAGGGCCUCAUCUACCUGGCCCUCUUCUCCUUCGUCACGGCGCUCAUGUUCAGCUCAAUCGUCUGCAGCGUCCCACACACCUGGCAGCCCAAGAGAGGCCCCGAUGAGGACGGGGAGGAGGAGGCGGCCCCUGGGCCACGGCAGGCCCCCGACAGCCUGUACCGUGUGCACAUGCCCAGCCUGUAUAGCUGCGGGAGCAGCUACGGCAGCGAGACCAGCAUCCCAGCCACGGCCCACACCGUCAGCAAUGCGCCAGUCACCGAGUACAUGAGCCAGAAUGCCAACUUCCAGAAUCCCCGCUGUGAGAACACACCCCUCAUCGGGCGCGAGUCCCCACCGCCCUCAUACACCUCCAGCAUGAGAGCUAAAUACCUCGCCACGAGCCAGCCGCGCCCAGACUCCAGCAGCAGUGGGCACUAGACUGUGCCGCCAGCACAGCCCCCACGUGCCAACCCCCUUGUGCCAGCGCCAUGCAGCUGCUCCCCUGAGGGCCGCCGCUGGACCCCUGCACACCGUUCCAGCCCAGAGCCCCCACCUUCCUUCCCACAGGGUGCAGAAGCCGGGCUGCCUGCAGGACUCAGCUGUACCACUCCUCAGCCCCGUACCUGGCAUGUGUGACUUUGCCACUGCCAUCUGCCCUGUCACCUGGCCUGUCACCCGGCCUAACCUGCCCCUACACCCUUUGCAAUGGCUGUGAGCCAGCUCUGUGCUGGACUCCAUCCCUGGCACGCCCUCUUUGCACCCACC